AAAACGUGGAACACGAAAAAGCGCUGAAUGUCAGAUCUAUCUUGUACUUAAUCAAUGCUACUGUUAUUACAUAUAUAAAUAUAGGACAGUUCUAUUCGUUUGUAAUUGUAUUUCUAAUCUAACGUGAUAACAUUGUAUCAGAAAAAAAAUUAUGUCACAAAUCAAAGACGAAGAAGGUGGAAAAAAUGAUGGACAUUGCAGUAUGAAGAGGAUUAAAGUCGAUGAUGAGAAAAGUAAGGCGUGUGAUAUUAAAGAUGCCCGUGAUAUUUUACAACUGUUUGAAGCAUAUGCGACUGAAUUGGAUGACAAACAUAAUCGUUUUGAAAGGAUUGUAAAAUUUGGCAGAGAUAUUACUAUAGAAAGUAAAAGAAUAAUUUUUCUUUUGCACACCAUAGAUAAAAGCAAUCAGGAAAGUGUGCUAAAUGAAGCUAAUGAGAGAUUGCAAAAGGUUGCGAAAACCCUUUUUAAAUCUAUUGCAUAUGAAUUAGAAAAUCAAGAUCCAUACCUCUAUCUUAAAGCUUAUCGUAAUGGUUUGGAAGAAUAUGUAGAAGCUGUUACAUUUUAUCACUAUCUAAAAUGUGAUAAUAUGAAAAGUUGGUUAGAAAUAGAAAAAACACUUACUUACAGAAAUAAGAAUAAUAAACUUGAUAACAUACAGGUUUUUGUCAGUCCAUAUGAAUAUAUGUUGGGCAUUGCAGAUCUGACUGGAGAACUAAUGCGUCUGUGCAUCAAUAACUUGGCAACAGGAGACACAGCUAGUUGUUACCAAACAUGCAAUUUUGUUAGAGAUAUGUAUACACAAUUUCUUGGUUGUACAAAUACUUCAAAUAGGUUACUGAAUAGAAAGCUUUGCACACUUGAACAAAACCUCCACAAAAUAGAAAGUGUUUGCUAUACGAUUAAAGUAAGAGGUUCAGAAAUACCAAAACACAUACUUAUGGAUCUAGUUGGUGAAGAACACGAAGACAUUGAUGAAAGUAAUCAUACCUAUUAAAAAACUUCUAAACAUCAAAGAAAAAUAUAAAUAAUAACUUUGAAGAUAACCACAAAUAUUCCAUAGUUAUUUUCAAGUAGUUUAUUCAAUAUUGUUUUUAUACAUUUGCAAUAAAUGAGAUAAUGCUUGUAA